CAUCCAAGCGUCCCAACUCUCGGUGGUUACGAGUAUCGUAUCKUACUGUAUUUUCUGUUUUUUCCUUCGAACGAAGAUUCUUCCCAAAAAUGAAUCAUCAUCAUCAUCAUCAUCACCACCACCACCACCAUCGUCACAACCGCCGCCUCAAAGAAUCCUUCGCCGUCUUUCGCCCUUCCAUCCAAAAUGAAYGAACACGCAAUUCGUUCACACCAUAUCGAAUCGGAACCCGAUUGACUGCAACGGAAAGGAUGCACGGGAGGAURUCGGUGUCUGGUUGCAGCCUCCGCCGCAACUGCUGCUGCAAACCCAAGCGCAAACCCAAACGCAAAGCGGGCUUGGUUCGGUUUCGGCUUCCGCUUCGUUCGCCGCACCUCGCUGCGAUGGUGGUGGCUGCCUGUGUUUUCGGCCUCCUGUUGGCAACCCGGGCGGUGUGCUGGUCUCCUCGUCCGGCCCUCGUUUCGGGCCAUCGGGGCCGCACCCGCUCAASCGUCGACCCUGCCCGWRGGGGCAAGACGGACCCUUGGCCGCUCGCGGCAGCAGGCGCAGCGAGAAMRAGAACMASRASMACGAGAACGAGAGCCACGAGGCUCUACGGGGUGCUGUCGAGAUCGGCCAUACUCCGGCACAGCAAGCAACGCGGCAGCGGAAACCAGGCCCGUGCUCCGGCGAAACAAACCAGACCACGGGGGAAAACAGCCACACCCACAGCCACAGCCACAACCACGGCCAAAGCAAAAAUCACCAGAAACUUUCUCCUCGACGCCACAGAGGAAGCGCUCUUUCGCCAGCAACGGGCGAUGGACUCUCUGGAAUCCGAGCGGGCAAAGCUSGUUGGGAGCUCGGACGGAAGCCGACCAGCGGAAGGAAAGACCCCCGGCGUCGAUGCCAGGCAAUCGGAGCUCUUUCGCCAGAAGGAAGACCUGGAAACCCUCCGGACCGAGCUGCAACGGCUUCCGGCCAAAGCCUCCCCCGAGACCGCGGAACAACUGGCCGCGAUCGAAUCGAGGUUUCGGAACAUCGUCUCGCCGCCGCGGAGGGGCCACCGCACAACCACAACAAACACAACAACAACAACAACAACAACAACGACAUCCAAACCAAAGCCUUCCGCCUGCCCGAUCCUGGACCGCCCGAGGGACACCUGGAAGAUCCAAACCUCGGCCUCCGCAAGGGCGUCCAGGCAGUUUGGCCGGCCCCGGGGAUUCUCGGGCCUCGUCUGCUACUCGCCCCUGGGCGUUCCGAUCCUGGUCUCCGACCGGUCUUUUUCGGCCGACGGAGACGCCUUCCUCCGGAGGAUCGCCCAGGGGGCCGACCUCUGGUUCCAGGUCGAGGACUACGACGGAUCCCUCGUCCUGCUGAGGACCUCCCUGGUAAGGGGGGCCAAGAACUCCGGGAAGUGCCUCCAGGCGGCGGCGGACCUGGCCGCGGCCCACAGUGUCUGGGGGAGGAAGGGGGGGUCGUCGGGGUUUCCGGUCCCCGACACGGUGCCGGUCGUGUACACCGAUUCGAGGCACGUCGCUAAGCGGGGGAGCAAGGCCGGGAGGAUGAGGAAGAGAAAGAGCUUCGGGCGGUUGAUGGGCCGGCCGUCGGAGGCCKUGGAGGACGGUGAUUGGGGAAUGCAGAGRAGCCAAUAACAAGCAGGCGGCUCGUUCGGUAAAGGACCGAUUGGUUUCCGGACAUUCCUCGGUUCGGACCUGCGAGGCGUGGCAUUGUCUGCGUUGGCUAUUGACACAGCAACGUGUAUUUCACACAAAACAAGCUUUCACUAGCAUUUAUAUAUAUAUGU